AUGGCCCUCUCUGAAAAUGCUAGUUAUGCUCUCUGUCUUGAUUUCUUUGUUGAGCCGGAGCCUGAAGAGCAUUGCAUGGGCACUCUGACUCGCAGUGCCCGAGCACGUCUACUUGAGUUAGCUUGUGCACAGUUCAUCCGUGUACUGGUUGAACUCCCACCUCCUGAUCUUGGCCCAAGCUCUGCACUAAAUCAGACACUUAACUUGCUGCGGGAGGUUCUGGCAUCUCACGACUCAUCUGUUGUUCCACUGGAUGCCCGUCAAGCUGACUUUGUGCAGGUUCUGUCUUGUGUACUAGAUCCAUUGUUACAGAUGUGUACUAUGUCUGCUAGUAAUUUGGGCACAGCUGAUAUGGCAACAUACAUGGUAAAUUCGCUUUAUAUGAUGAAGACUACUUUGGCUCUCUUUGAAUUCACUGACAAACGUCUGGAAAUGUUACAGUGUCAGAUUGAAGCUCAUUUAGAUACACUCAUAAAUGAACAAGCUUCCUACGUGCUAACAAGAGCUGGUCUAAGUUACAUAUACAACUCUCUGCAGCAACACAAAACGGAACAGGGUCCUCUUUCACAUUUGCCAAGUAUGGAUUCCGUGUCUCUGAAGGUUGCAAUGGCUCAGUUUGAUCGCUAUCUCUCUGCUCCAGAUAGUCUUUUAAUGUGCCAGCUGAAUUUCCUUCUGAGUGCCACUGUGAAAGAGCAGAUAAUCAAACAGUCAACAGAACUGGUCUGCAGAGCUUACAGUGAGUUAUAUGCAGCUGUGAUGGAUCCUUCAAAUGAAUAUAAGGAUCCAGAAACCAUACUGCACAGAUCUCCUCAUCAAGUUCAGGCACUCCUUUCAUAGUCUUGCUUCCCCCAGAUUUGUCGGAAUCCAUAAUUCUGUAUGUGUUGCAUCGAGUCAUUUUUCUGUUUGAAUGUUGAGGUCUAACUGUAUCAUUAACAUAUGUAGGAAUGCGGUUUAGUUUAAUCUGCUUGGCAGAAGUCUAGUCUUCCCUGUGUCUUUGAAUGCCUUCUACAGACAAGAAUAUAGAUUAAAAAGUAUUCUAAUGUAUUCCUCUAAUGGAAAUGGACAUUGACAAUAUGCAAUCUCUCUGAAAAGGGGGGAAAAAAGCUUUUUCCUUGCUGUACAUAGUAUUUUCAACUAGAGGUUUGAACCAGUGUCUUUCACGACCUCAUCAAUAUUUUUAUUUGCUCUUUUCCCUGUUCUUUCACUCUUUUUCUCAGCCCAUCAUCAGUA